AUGUUAAACUGUGGUUACUUGGAACGGGAAGCAAAAGUUUCUGAUCUCUUUGAGGAGAAGGGGGCAGACGGCAUGAGUGCCCAAGCAGAUGCACCCGCAGAGAAGGCGCCAGGAGAGGAACAGACAGGGGAGCCUUCAGCUCAAUCAGAUGGACUCUUUGUGAAAAAGCCAGAAAGCGUGUUAAUAGAGAGUGGGAAGGAUGUGACGAUCAUCAUGCAGGUGGAUGGGGCUCAGCUCCCUGGCAAACCUACAAUCAAGUGGUUCAAGGGGAAAUGGCUGGAACUGGGGAUUAAGAGCGGGCUGAGGUUCCAGUUCAAGGACAGCUUUGACAAAGAGAAAAACGUUUACAGCUAUGAGCUAAAAAUUGGCAAAGUGGUCAUCGGUGACCGGGGCGACUAUCGUUGUGAGGUGACCGCCAAGGACAAGUUUGACAGCUGCACCUUCAACAUUGAUGUGGAAGCUCCAAGGACGGAAGAUACCAAUGUGCUGCAGGCUUUCAAACGGACAGGGGAAGGCAAAGAUGAUGUUGCUGGUGAGCUGGACUUCAGUGGGUUGCUCAAGAAGAGAGAGGGGCAGCAGGUGGAAGAGGAGAAGAAGAAGAAGAAAAAGGACGAUGAUGACGAUAUGGGGAUCCCACCGGAGAUCUGGGAACUGCUGAAAGGCGUGACCAAGAAAAGCGAGUACGAGCGCAUCGCCUUUGAGUAUGGCGUCACCGACCUGCGUGGCAUGCUCAAAAGGCUCAAGAAAGCCAAGGUGGAGGUCAAGAAGAGUGACGCCUUCGUUAUAAAACUGGACCCUGCCUACCAAGUGGACAAGGGCCAUAAGAUCAAGAUGUGGGUGGAGCUGAGCAACCCAGACCUCAAGAUCAAAUGGAUGAAGAAUGGGCAAAUGAUCAAGCCCAGUGGCAAGUUCAUCUUUGAGAACGUGGGCAAGAAGCGCAUCAUGACCAUCACCAAGGCAACCCUGGCCGACGACGCAGCCUACGAGUGCGUUUGCGGGGAAGAGAGGACCUCCACGGAGCUCUUUGUAAAAGAGCCGCCCGUCCUGGUCGUGAACGGCCUGGACGAUCAGCAGGUGUUUGUGGGAGACAAGGUGGAGAUGGAAGUCGAGGUGUCUGAGGAAGGAGCCCAAGUCAUAUGGUCGAAGGAUGGGGUAGAGCUGACCCGCGAGGAGACUUUCAAGUACCGCUUCAAGAAGGAUGGCAAAAAGCACAUCCUCAUCAUCAAUGAGGCCACCAAGGAGGAUACUGGGCGCUACCAGAUCUUGACCAACGGUGGCCAAUCGGAGGGGCAGCUCGUGGUUGAAGAAAAACAACUUGAGGUUGUUCAAGACCUUGCCGAUCUGACUGUCAAAGCCACUGAUCAGGCCGUCUUCAAGUGUGAAGUGUCAGAUGAGAAGGUGACUGGCAAAUGGUACAAGAAUGGAAUCGAGGUCCGGCCCAGCAAACGCAUCACCAUUUCUCACAAGGGCAGGAUUCACAAGCUUGUCAUUGAUGAUGUGAGACCUGAGGAUGAGGGAGACUACACCUUUAUCCCCGAUGGAUAUGCUCUUUCGCUGUCUGCCAAGCUUAACUUCUUGGAAAUCAAGAUUGAAUACGUUCCCAAACAAGAGCCCCCCAAGAUCCAUUUGGACUGCUCAGGAAAGACCAACGAAAACACCCUUGUGGUGGUCGCUGGGAACAAGCUUCGCCUGGAUGUGUCCAUCACUGGGGAACCGGUGCCUGUGGCCACCUGGAUGAAGGGUGAUGUGGUCUUUGCAGAGAAGGAGGGUCGGGUUCGUAUAGAAGAACGGAACGAGCUAAGCAGCUUUGUGAUUGAGAGCGCCGAGCGUUCUGAUGAAGGAAGUUACACCAUCAAGGUGACCAAUCCAGUGGGCGAGGAUGUAGCCACCCUCCACAUCAAGGUUGUGGAUGUUCCUGAUCCUCCUGAAGCUGUGCGCAUCACAUCGGUGGGAGAGGAUUGGGCCAUUUUGGUGUGGGAGGUACCAAAAUAUGACGGUGGCAUGCCUGUCACUGGAUACCUGAUGGAGCGCAAGAAGAAGGGGAGCAUGCGCUGGAUGAAGCUGAAUUUCGAAGUCUUCACUGAGACAACCUAUGAGUCCACCAAGAUGAUUGAGGGGGUGCUCUACGAGAUGCGUGUUUUCGCGGUCAAUGCCAUCGGCAUCUCUCAGCCCAGCCUCAAUACCAAACCUUUCAUGCCUAUUGCUCCCACCAGCGAGCCGCUGCACCUUACCUUGGAGGAUGUGACAGACACCACGGCCACGCUGAAGUGGCGUGCCCCGGACCGGAUUGGCGCCGGGGGCAUUGACGGCUACCUCAUCGAGUACUGCAAGGAAGGAACCGACGAAUGGAUUCCUGCCAACACACAGCUUGUGGAGCGCUGCGGCUUUAAGGCCAAGGACCUUCCGACAGGCGAGAAGCUUUUCUUCCGGGUCAUUGCAGUCAACAUUGCGGGCAAGAGUCCACCGGCCACCUUUGCACAGCCUGUCACCAUCCGAGAGAUUGUCGAACAGCCCAAGAUCCGUCUGCCUCGCCACCUCCGGCAGACGUACAUCAGGAGAGUUGGGGAGCAAGUCAACUUGGUGAUCCCAUUCCAGGGUAAGCCCCGCCCUAUAGUCACCUGGCUGAAGGAUGGGAAGCCCCUGGACCCCAAGGAGAUCCACAUCCGCACCUCGGACUUAGACACCAUCCUCUUCAUCCGCAAGGCCGAACGGCACCAUUCGGGCCUCUACGAGCUCGGGGUGCAGAUUGAGAACAUGGUAGACAAGGCCGUCAUCAAGAUCCGUGUCGUGGAGAAGCCGGGUCCGGCACACAAUGUGAUGGUGAAAGAGGUGUGGGGUUUCAAUGCCUUAAUAGAGUGGGAGCCGCCCAAGGAUGACGGGAAUUCGGAGAUCACGGGCUACUCCAUUCAAAAGGCUGACAAGAAGACCAUGGAGUGGUUCACCGUCUAUGAGCACAAUCGCCUCACACGCUGCACGGUGUCCGACCUCAUCAUGGGUAACGAAUACUACUUCCGAGUCUACAGUGAGAACAUCUGCGGGCUCAGCGAGGCUCCGGGGGUCUCCAAAAACACUGCAAACAUUCAGAAAUCUGGAAUGAUCUGUAAAAAGCUAGACUACAAGGAACAUGACUUCAGAAUGGCCCCCAUGUUCCUGACGCCACUGAUAGACCGGACAGUAGUGGCUGGAUACACCACCGCUCUGAACUGUGCAGUGAGGGGGCACCCUAAACCCAAGGUGAUCUGGAUGAAGAACAAAAUGGACCUGAGUGGGGACCCUAAGUUUCUGCAGAAGAACAACCAGGGGGUGCUCACCCUCAACAUCCGCAAGCCAAGUCCUUUUGACAGCGCCACUUACUCCUGCAAGGCCGUCAAUGAACUGGGCGAGGCCAUAGCGGAGUGCAAGCUGGAGGUCAAAGCACCGCAGUAAUCCUUUCACCAUGAUUGCCAAGACUGGAAGAGGUGAGUAACACGUCACAC